AUGGCACUCCCACGGCACGCUAUCACCGCAGAACGCCUUGAAAUCACUCACAUCGAAUCUCUUGCUCAAGGCGUCGCCGCAGCAAACAGCAUUACGUUGCUGCUGGAUUGCGCACAGACUUUUCAAAAGCUAAGGGCAAACCUCCAUCUGAUAGCAGAGACAAUGUUGCUCAACAAGGCCCAUCUGUUCUUCGAAGAGGAUGGGCUAACAGCGGGAUUCUCCAAGAGCGAUAUUAUGGCCGAGAAACUAGCAUUACUGGAAGAAAUGCUGGCAGGUCCCGGACGUAGCUCUGCGCACACACGAGAGGUCCAGCUUAACGGGCUAUACUAUCAAUCAUUGCCGGGGAUCAUUCGGGCAGUCAUCGAUCAGGGACAGACGGCCGGACGGCAUUAUUGGAUGAUCAGUCAAUUCCGGAUGGACUGCAUUAACGGCCCGGAUCCCGAUAAAGCAGUUGGGACAAAGUUGGAGGAAAUGUUACGCCAUGCGUGCAGCGAUAUCGAAUCGAUACCCGAUACCUCGCCAGAUGCGAGGAAGACGAAGCUAUUCUUUCGGAGACGCUGGCCGGGUCGCCCAGUGACUGGAAAGAUCUACCGCUGCAAGACCGCCAGCAAAACCAUGCUGCUGAUGAACCAUUUCCUGAUCCGGACGUCAUUCGGACCUCAUUUGAAUUCAUUUGAACCUUACGUGGAGCACAACUUCCUCAUGUACGAUGCG